AUGGGCUCGGAUGGCAGACAGGACACAGCAGCUGUGCCCCCGGCAGAGGGCUACCUGACCUUCCCACCCUGCCUGACCGUUGCCCGAGCCCUGGCCCCUGGAGGCCACGCGAUCAGGCCGGCCCGCUACGGAAUCUGUGGGCUGCAGCCUUACAUCAAGCUCCGCCCUCGGAGCCCAGGGCCCUAUGUGACUGCAGAAACAGGGACUAAAGCUUCUGGGCUGACAAAGCAAAGCCUGGGCUUCACCCGAGACCUGGCUCUGCUCUGCCAGCCACUGCCCAACGGGCGUCCCAGCCCUGCUGAGGGGAGCCCCGGCGUCUGCGGGCUGGGCCGGCCCCACCUCCUGCACCUGGGGCGCUGCGGGGAGCCUGGUGCCUGCACUUGGGGUGGGCUGGCGGCCGAGGGCUCACUCCCCUCCCGCUCACUCUGGGGAGCGGGCCCCGGGGGCCCGGGGCUGACUCCGUGGUGGUCUCUCCGCAGGACGUACCCACGGCCUCACGAGUACCUGCGCCCUGCGGAUCUGCCCGGGAGCUGGGACUGGCGCAGCGUGGACGGGGUCAACUACGCCAGCGUCACGCGGAACCAGCACAUCCCGCAGUACUGCGGCUCCUGCUGGGCCCACGGCAGCACCAGCGCCAUGGCCGAUCGGAUCAACAUCAAGAGGAAGGGGGCGUGGCCCUCAGCCCUCCUGUCCGUGCAGAACGUCAUUGACUGCGGGGAGGCUGGCUCCUGCGAGGGGGGCAACGACCUGGAGGUGUGGGCCUACGCCCACAGGCACGGCAUCCCAGAUGAGACCUGCAACAACUACCAGGCCAAGGACCAGGAGUGUGACAAGUUCAACCAGUGCGGCACGUGCACGGAGUUCAAGGAGUGCGAGGCCAUCCAGAACUACACACUCUGGAAAGUGGGCGACUAUGGCUCCGUCUCUGGGAGAGAGAAGAUGAUGGCGGAGAUCUACGCCAAUGGUCCCAUCAGCUGCGGGAUAAUGGCAACAGAAAAGAUGGUGAAAUACACCGGAGGCAUCUACUCGGAGUACCAGGAGCAGAGCUACAUUAACCACAUUGUUUCUGUGGUGGGCUGGGGCGUCAGCGACGGGACUGAGUACUGGAUUGUCCGCAAUUCAUGGGGCGAACCAUGGGGCGAGCGAGGCUGGAUGCGGAUAGUGACCAGCACCUACAAAGAUGGGAAGGGCGCUAAGUACAACCUUGCUAUCGAGGAAAACUGCUCAUUUGGGGACCCCAUCGUUUAAGGCAGAUGUCUCAGAAGAGCAGUUCUUUAAGAAACAUCGUGAACCAGAGUGGAUCCUGCUUUGACACUGCCAUGGUUUGGAGGAUCUGGGGGCUGACAUUGAAAUCACACUGCUGAGGACUGGUGAGGGCACUGAGCACCAAGAGGGGGGCCUGUCCAAAUGCAGACGGAUGAUCCUGGCAGAGCACAUCCCCCAGGAGAGUCUCACGAGGAAUGGCGUAAACCCCGGCACAGGGCAGCUCCCCUGUGGGACUGCAGUGAACCAUCUACCUGCCCAAGACGUGAUUGCAGACAUUAAUUUUUUUCAGUUGGUUUGGUAUUUUCUCUUUGGCAACUGUGGUCUAUAAUGUGUCAUUUGUCACCAGUUCUUUUGUCACUUUGGGAGAAAUGGGGGGCUGGAGGGGGGAGACAGCAGUUUCAAAUCGCCCAAGUGGUGAAUAAAAAUAUGGGACUUCACA